AUGGGCAUUAAACACGACGGCCCUCACGACAUCCCGCCCAACGCAGACAUCCCCGACAUCGUGCGCGAAGAUCCCACGAGCGAGCGCGAUGGCCAUCUCAUCCCCGAGACAGACGAGCAUGGCUAUCGCAUUCGAGAAGAGCCAUACGGGACGAAACGCCGCCUGCGCAUCGUCCUCAUGGGCGCCGCCGCGUCCACCGUGAACUUUCUCAAAAAGGCCGAGGAGCAAAUGGAGAAUAUUGACAUUUGCGUGUACGAGAAGAACCGCGAUGUCGGCGGGACGUGGCUGGAGAACAGAUACCCUGGCUGUGCAUGCGAUAUACCCAGUGUCAACUACCAGUUCAGUUGGGCGAUCAAAAUCUGGACGCAUUACUACUCGUACUCCCCGGAAAUCUGGGAGUAUCUUCAAGGACUUUACAAAGACAACGACCUUUACAAAUACGUCAAGCUGAAGCACAAGAUUGAGGGGGCGGAGUGGAACGAUGAGAAGGGGAAAUGGAUCCUGAAAGUGCGAGACAUGGUCAACGACAAGGUGUUUGACGACGAGUGCCAUUUCUUCAUCAACGCCGGCGGAGUAUUGAACAACUUCAAGUGGCCUCAGAUUCCGGGCCUCGAGACAUUCAAGAACAAACUAAUGCACAGCGCGCAAUACGAAGAAGGAUACCCAUUGGAUGGCAAGAAAGUCGCCGUCCUUGGAGCGGGAUCCUCGGGGGUGCAAAUUGUGGCAAACAUCCAGAAGAAGGUUGAUACUUUGUAUCACUGGAUUCGCAAUCCCAUCUGGAUCACUGCUGGCUUCGCCCAGAGCUGGGCUGGCCAAGAUGGUGCCAACUUCGCAUACACCAAGGAACAGAGGAAAUUCCUCGAAGACAACCCUCUCAAGUACCUCGAGUACAGGAAGAACAUCGAAAACGAGCUGAACCAACGUUUCAAAUUCAUCAUCAAAGGCUCACAAGAAGCCAAAGAUGCUCGAGAGUUUAGUGAAGACCAGAUGGUCCGGAAAUUGAAGGGCGAUCAACGACUAUGCGAAAACAUCAUCCCCAAGAACUUCAACCCUGGAUGCCGCCGGCCUACACCCGCUCCUGGCUAUCUCGAAGCCCUGGUGGCGCCCAACGCGAAGAUCUUCACCGAGCAUCUCGAGAAGGUCACCGAGAGAGGGUUCAUAGACGCCGCGGGAGAGGAGCAUGAGGUAGACGUCUUGAUCUGUGCCACCGGCUUCGACACCACCUGGCAGACGAGAUUCCCCUUUGUCAACGGCAAAGGCGUCUCCCUCAAACAACUCUGGCCCCCCAACGACGUCACCUCCUACCUCUCCAUCGCCAUCCCCACCUUCCCGAAUCAUUUCACCUUCUGCGGGCCCUACGGCCCCCUAGGCCACGGCAGCUUCAUGCCGCUCAUCGAGCGCUGGACAAGCUACAUGUUCGACGUCAUCACCAAAGCGCAGGUGGAGAACAUCAAGUCGUACACGCCGCGCAUGGACAAGAGCAAGAUGUUCCGCCAGCACGCCGAUCUCUUCCUCCAGCGUACCGCGUGGACCAGCCCGUGCAGUUCUUGGUUCAAACAGGGCAAGGUUGAUGGCCAGACGGUCGUGUACCCGGGCUCGCGCCUGCACUUUAUGCACCUGAUGGAACGACCGCGGUAUGAGGACUUCGAGAUUGAGUACUGGGAUGAAAAUCAUUUUUCCUUCAUGGGCAACGGUUUUGAUCAGAGAGAAUUUGAUGGGAGAGAUAUUACAAAUUAUCUUGGCUCGUUGGACGGCACGGACAGGCAGCCGAACUAUGACAGGGAGCUGGUGAACAAGCUUGCCGGCUGGGCUGUUGGUCUGUAG